CCCCACUUUGAUUGGACUCUCUCCAUUUGAGCCCUAAGACGUCUGAUAGAAGAGAGACUGAGCGUCGCCUCCUUCCUGCUGCCUCCCCUAGUGGCUCCUACCUCCGGCCGUCAUGGCCUCACGCCGCCUUCUCUCCUCCCUGCUCCGAUCCUCCUCGCGCCGUUAUCCUCCCCUCAAAUCUCGCGCCACCGCAUGCCCCGCUCCCCGGGUCUGUCCUCGCCCCCCUCCGGCUGGCUACCUCCUCUCCCGCGUCGCUGAGUACGCAACCGCUGCCGCGGCCUCCCCGAAGCCCACGCCGCCCCCUGCCAAUGUCCCAUCUGGGGCCAGCGGCAAGAUCACUGACGAAUUCACCGGCGCUGGCUCGAUCGGGAAGGUCUGCCAGGUGAUCGGUGCUGUCGUCGAUGUCAGGUUUGAUGAGGGGCUUCCUCCCAUUCUGACAGCGUUAGAGGUGCUCGAUAACCAGAUCCGCCUGGUUCUCGAGGUCGCCCAGCAUCUGGGGGAGAACAUGGUGCGGACCAUCGCCAUGGACGGUACUGAGGGGCUUGUUCGCGGUCAGAGGGUUCUUAACACUGGAUCUCCGAUCACGGUUCCUGUUGGCAGAGCCACACUUGGGCGUAUUAUGAAUGUUAUUGGAGAACCAAUUGAUGAGAGGGGUGACAUAAAGACAAACCACUUCCUUCCUAUCCAUCGGGAAGCACCUGCAUUUGUCGAACAGGCAACAGAACAGCAGAUUCUUGUGACUGGAAUUAAGGUUGUUGAUCUUCUGGCACCUUAUCAAAGGGGUGGAAAGAUUGGACUUUUUGGUGGAGCUGGCGUAGGGAAGACUGUACUUAUCAUGGAAUUGAUCAACAAUGUUGCAAAGGCUCAUGGUGGUUUUUCUGUUUUUGCUGGUGUUGGUGAGCGCACUCGUGAGGGUAAUGACCUGUAUAGGGAAAUGAUUGAGAGUGGUGUUAUCAAACUAGGAGACAAACAGAAUGAGAGCAAAUGUGCUCUUGUUUAUGGUCAAAUGAAUGAGCCCCCUGGUGCCCGUGCACGUGUUGGUUUGACUGGGCUGACUGUUGCUGAACACUUCCGUGAUGCUGAAGGACAGGAUGUGCUUCUCUUUAUUGACAAUAUUUUCAGGUUCACCCAAGCAAACUCUGAAGUGUCUGCCUUGCUUGGUCGUAUACCAUCUGCUGUUGGUUAUCAACCGACACUUGCUACUGAUCUUGGAGGUCUCCAAGAGCGUAUUACGACAACAAAGAAGGGUUCCAUCACCUCAGUGCAGGCUAUUUAUGUGCCUGCUGAUGACUUGACAGAUCCUGCGCCAGCAACUACUUUUGCUCAUCUUGAUGCUACAACUGUGCUGUCAAGACAGAUUUCCGAGCUUGGUAUAUACCCUGCUGUGGAUCCUCUUGACUCCACAUCAAGAAUGCUUUCUCCACAUGUGUUGGGAGAAGAGCACUACAACACUGCUCGAGGUGUUCAAAAGGUUCUCCAAAAUUAUAAAAAUCUUCAAGAUAUUAUUGCUAUUCUAGGAAUGGAUGAGCUCAGUGAAGAUGAUAAGUUGACGGUUGCCCGAGCUAGAAAGAUUCAGAGGUUCUUGAGCCAGCCAUUCCAUGUGGCUGAAGUUUUCACUGGUGCUCCUGGAAAAUAUGUGGAGUUGAAAGAAAGUGUGAACAGUUUCCAGGGUGUCUUGGAUGGGAAAUAUGAUGACCUGCCCGAGCAGUCGUUUUACAUGGUUGGAGGCAUCGAGGAAGUCAUUGCAAAGGCUGAGAAGAUUGCAAAGGAAUCAGCUGCCUGAUAGAAAUGUCUCUUUCAUCGUUCAAUAAUUUGAGAAAUGGAAAAAUGGCAUUCUUGAACUCGGCAGUUUGUUUUGUUUUGUAUUUAUUAAGCAACUGCAUAAUCUUCAUUUUUCUUACAGCUUUCAGGGCCAUAAUGCUCUGUGAUCAUUUUGCAAAUAAACAUAUGCAGAUGGAAUUCUUUCUAUCGCACAUUAAGAAACUUGCAUGCCAAACUCUGUUUAAUCGUUUAUUCGAUUAGUUAUGGCCAAUGCAAUUUGGCUUGUUCC